AUGGCGACGCUCUCCGAAGACGCCCCCGGCGACGGCGACGGGAACGGCGAGAGGGACGGUAUCUCGCGAGAGCGCGCGUCGCCGCCGACGACGAAACCUCAAAGUACUCGCGGGACGACGACCAUCAGCAUCGUGAAGCGAUACCGGACGUUCGUUCGAAGGAACCGCGCGCUCAUCGCGGUGGUCGAGCAGGCCGCCGCGGGGCUGACGUGGCUGACGCCCGACGGCGACGACGCGGACGUCUACGCGGAGGCGGCGUCCAGCGCGGUCGGGGUGUUCGCGACGAUGAACGAACACCUCGUGAGGGACAGCGACGACGAGGAGGAGGAGGAUGAGAACGACGAUGCCGCGUCGAACGCUCCGAGCGCGUCGGGGGGAGGGUUCGUCGAGCGAUGGCGCGCGCGCGCGAAAGCGCUCGCGGAGGCGACCCCCGUCGCGCUCCCGCUCGCGCUGUCGCUCAUCUCCCAGGUCGAGGUCCUGUCCGAGAUGCUCGCGAAGCGGCGGACCGCGGCGCGGCGGAUUCGGCGGCGCGAGGGGCGAAGAGGAGACGAAGAGGAGCGCCCCCCAUUCAUCAUCGGCGACGACGUCGAUCGACUCGAGCGAUCCGUCGUGGCGGCGGAGGCGGUCAAAGCCGCGAUGAAGACGGCGCUGUUUCGGCGACAGCGCGGAAAGCUCCUCCUCGACGACGGGUGCGCGCGAGAGCAGCUCGGCGAGGAAGCGGAGGAGGACCUGGAACGCAUGGAGGGCGCGCGGCGAGAGAUGACGGCGCGAAGGCGACGCGGCGCCAUCAUCGGGGACGAGAGAGACGCCGAAUCCGCCGCCGCCGCCGCCGAAUCCGACGUGCCUCCUCCCGCCGCGGGUCCGCCGCCGCACCCUCGCGCGGCGCUCGAACACCGCGCGUCGAUCGCGCUGCGAUCGCUGCACGACUUCAACCUCCACACGAUCCACGAGAGGGAAGCGAUGGAGAUCGCGCGGAUGACGCGCCCGUACCACACGCCGCCGCCGCCGCCGGGGACGUCCGUGCACGACGUCUACGCGCGCGAAAAGGCGAAAAUCACGCUGAAGAUCGCGGGCGAGUACCUGCACAUCUUCCGCCCGCUCGUCUACGCGUGCGCGCGACGGAAGUUCGGGAACAAGUCGUGGACGCCGUUCGCGCUGUCCGCGACGAUGGACGUCUGCUCGUUCGCGUGCCACGAGGCCGCGGGCGGCGCGCGCGGGGAAGACUUUAGCGAAGCGGAGCGGUUCGAGAUGGCCAGGCGACGCGCGUUUUUGCUCUACUACUGGCUCCGGUCCCCGAUGUUCGACCGCGCGACGUUGCCCGUGAUGAACGCCGUGGGAAGAGCGCUGCGACCGAUCCCGCUGGUGGGGGGGUUGUACGACAGAGGCGUCGCGAUCGCGGAGGAGGUGAGCGAUCACUUCGCCUACACGUACUAGACGCUCAUAGCUUGAUCGAUCGCGGCGGCGCCGCACGCCGCGACGCUCC